AUGUUUGGACCGCCUCAACUCGACGAAGCGACCACAAGGUCCAUCGACUUCAACCGCACCUCCCUCUACGAAGAUCUCCACGAGUACGGCUUGGAAAACCCGGAUCCCACGCCCAACGAUCAGCUCUGGGCGCGCCAUCAGUUAACCGUGAUCGAGGAGCCAGCAACGCUGGACGGGGCUUCGUUGGACGUAAUGCGGGGGCAUUUUGAAGGCUGGGUAGAAGCCCAAGAUAAGCAAGAUGCAUGGAACAAGUACCGCGCGUGCUUGGUGAUGGAUGAGGCGGCUGUCCAACGGCUAGGCGAGGCAAUGACUCCAGAGAAGCACCGGGAGAAGCAUGGGGAGCGCUGUUAUAUAGAGCUGCGGCAAAGGUUCCUUCCAGCUGUGGAGGCGUUUCCGGAACUCGAAGAAGGAGAGACCGAUUUUGAAGGGUGGAUGAAUUGUUCGGUCUUUAAUCUAAUACGGCUGUGGACGUCUUUGGGCGACGGGAUGUACAUGGAAGAUGCCUCGAAUGAGGUCCAGGACGGGGUGUAUUGA